CCGAGCAGGACCGCCGGGCUCGUCAUCAUGCCAACAGUGGUGGUGAUGGACGUCUCCCUCUCCAUGACCCGGCCUGUGUCCAUCGAGGGCUCCGAGGAGUAUCAGCGCAAGCACCUCGCAGCCCACGGCUUGACCAUGCUGUUUGAGCACAUGGCCACAAAUUACAAGCUCGAGUUUACAGCCCUGGUGGUUUUCUCCUCUCUCUGGGAGCUGAUGGUCCCCUUCACAAGAGAUUAUAACACACUGCAGGAGGCACUCAGUAAUAUGGACGAUCAUGACAAGACAUGCCUGGAGUCGGCGCUGGCUGGCGUCUGCAGCGUUGUCCAGCAGGAGUGGGGCGGCGCCAUUCCUUGCCAGGUUGUCCUGGUGACUGACGGCUGCCUGGGCAUCGGGAGAGGGUCACUGAGGCAUUCUCUCGCGACCCACAGUCAGAGAAGUGAGAAUAGCAGAUUUCCGCUUCCUUUUCCUUUUCCAUCUAAGUUAUACAUCAUGUGCAUGGCAAAUUUGGAAGAGCUCCAGAGCACUGAUUCCUUGGACUGCCUUGAACGACUCAUCGAUUUAAACAAUGGCGAAGGGCAGAUUUUUACUAUUGACGGCCCCUUGUGCUUGAAAAACGUGCAGUCCAUGUUUGGAAAGCUGAUCGAUCUGGCGUACACGCCUUUCCACGCCGUUCUCAAGUGUGGCCACCUCACUGCCGACGUGCAGGUCUUCCCCAGGCCCGAGCCUUUUGUUGUUGAUGAGGAGAUUGACCCCAUCCCUAAAGUCAUCAACACAGAUUUGGAAAUAGUGGGAUUCAUUGAUGUCGCUGAUAUUUCAAGUCCCCCAGUUCUGUCCAGACAUCUGGUCCUGCCGAUAGCACUUAACAAAGAGGGCGAUGAGGUGGGCACUGGCAUAACUGAUGACAACGAAGAUGAGAAUUCCGCCAAUCAGAUUGCAGGCAAAAUACCCAACUUCUGUGUCCUGCUUCAUGGCAGCCUAAAAGUGGAAGGAAUGGUGGCAAUUGUUCAGUUAGGUCCUGAGUGGCAGGGGAUGCUCUAUUCCCAAGCGGACAGCAAGAAGAAGUCAAAUCUCAUGAUGUCUCUCUUUGAGCCUGGCCCAGAACCUCUCCCCUGGCUGGGGAAAAUGGCCCAGUUGGGUCCUAUUUCAGAUGCUAAAGAAAAUCCAUAUGGUGACGAUGACAGUAAGAGCCCGUUCCCCCUGCAGCCCCAAAACAAACGAAGCUAUGCCCAGAAUGUCACUGUCUGGAUCAAACCCAGUGGCCUGCAGACUGAUGUACAGAAGAUUUUAAGAAAUGCAAGAAAACUACCUGAAAAAACACAAACAUUCUAUAAGGAGCUGAACCGUCUGCGCAAGGCCGCGCUGGCUUUUGGCUUCCUGGACCUGCUGAAGGGGGUAGCGGACAUGCUGGAGCGGGAAUGCACGCUGCUGCCCGACACGGCGCACCCCGACGCCGCCUUCCAGCUCACCCACGCAGCCCAGCAGCUCAAGCUGGCCAGCAGCGGCUCCACGGACCACGUGCGCUACGACCACAACAUCACUCCGCUGCACACGGACUUCUCGGGCAGCAGCGCGGAAAGGAUGUGACGUGCCUGGGAGCCAGGUGAAGCUGACA